UUGCAUUCAUACACGGUCGCUCGCACACACACAUCAUUUACGUGGGCGUUCAAGUAUUGUCAUUCAAAUCAUCUGUUUCGUGAAUCGUUGUAUAUUUUUGUAUAUAAACUUAAUUUAUUCCCAAUUUAUUUAUCGAAAAGCGUUAUGAUAGUUUGAGGCUGUUGUUUGAGUGUAUCAAAUAGUGAUGUUUGUUUAAUUUUGUUUUAUAUUCGCGUGACGUCAUUGUUUUCGACUGCCAGUAGUAACGACGCAGUUGCAUUUUUGUAGUUAAAAUGGAGUUAAAAUGAGGAUUUUUCUCGUAAACAAGCUGACAACAAGUGAAUAUGUCGGCGGAGUCCCCGCGCCACGUGCGCUCGGGCGGGCCGCUCACGGUGCCGUCGCAGCCGCCGAGCGACCGCAGCAUCAUCGACGCGGUGUCCGGCUUCAUCAAUGACGUCACACUCUCCUCCUCGUCAUCCGUUGACCCCAAGGAUGUUAUACAAUGGGCGAGGUUCGAAACAGCCGACAUCAACGAGCCCACGCCGGAAGGGGACAGCGACAACGACAUAUCCCCGCUCCUGCUCAUCCUCGGCUACGGCGCGGGGGUGCAGGUGUGGCUGGUGCCGCCCAGCGGGGAGGCGCAGGAGGUGCUCUCCUGGCGCCAGGGCACAGUGAGGGUGCUCCGUAUACUGCCCACUCCGCAGCGCGGCGACUGCUUUGCAUCGAAGAGGCCCCUCAUCGCCCUGUGCGACUCCGCCAGCCCAGGACCUACGUUUUGCGCUCUCAGUUUCAUUUCCAUCCGGGGAGGAGAACAGGUGAAGAGCAUAAAAUUCAAGAACCCCAUACUGGACGUUUUGGCGAACAAACGUUCGGUGGUGGUGGCGUUUUCGGAACGAUUCGCCGUGUUCGACGCGGCCACGCUCGAGGACCGCAUGACUGUUACCACGUGCUAUCCGUGCCCGUGCCCGCUUGGGGGCAGCAAUCCCGUCAACCCGCUGUCUCUGGGCGACCGCUGGCUAGCCUACGCUGACAAGAAGCUUAACCAGUCCAAGAGAAGCAGCGGGGGAUGCGAAGGCGAAGGCGUAACCAGCUACACGGCCACGGUGCUGCACGCGGCAAAGUCACCGAGCAAGGGGCUCCGCGGGCUCGGCGAGAGCGUGGCCCACAGCCUGGCCGGGGGGCGCAGCACCUCGCAGUCCCCAUCGCCACCUAACACAGACACGCAGCAGCCCGGCGUCGUCACCAUACUGGACAUCGAGGGCAUAGAAGAAGAAGAAGGCCAAGACGCCGAGGAGCCGAGCGACCCGAUCGUGGCUCACUUCAUAGCGCACUCGGAAGCGAUCAUCGCGCUGAAGUUCGACUCGAGUGGCAUGCUGCUAGUGACGGCAGACCGACGCGGACACGACUUCCACGUGUUCAGAAUCAACCCCCACCCGUGCGGACCCAGCCUGGCCUCGGUGCAUCACCUGUACAUACUGCAUAGGGGAGACACCACGGCUAAAGUGCAGGACAUAGCAAUAUCGUCAGACUCUCGCUGGACGGCGAUCUCGACUCUACGCGGCACUACCCACGUGUUCGCCAUCAGUCCAUACGGUGGCGCGUGUGGUGUGCGCACACACACGCAGCCACGUGUUGUCAACAGACUGUCGAGGUUCCACCGCUCGGCGGGGCUGCCCAUUGUGCCGGUCCACGCACAGUCGCCGCCGGCCAGGUCUUCUGGGAGUCCGGUAAGUUGUAUGCUAGUCGCUUUCCAGGGUCUAACAGCAACUUCUAUGGAAUACUAUAGAGGCGCGUGUGGUGUGCGGACACAUACGCAGCCACGUGUAGUCAAUAGACCGUCGAGGUUCCACCGCUCGGCGGGGCUGCCCAUAGUGCCGGUCCACGCACAGUCGCCGCCGGCCAGGCCUUCUGGGAGCCCGGUGGGCGACGGCUUGACGCACGGCGCGUGGUUCCCCAACCCGCGGCUGCCGCCGUACCCGCAGCCCACCACGGCGGCGCCGCUCGCGCAGCUGCGGCCCACCGCCAACCUGCCCACGCAUACCAUCACCAGGACCAGCUCAGGUCGGCAGCGGCUAUCAUCCCUAUCAGAGGACAGCAACAGCGCACCCUUACUAGCUCGCGCCCGCUUCGGGCUCGGCUCGGGCGCGCCGUCCGCCACGCCGCUGUACCUCGUCACCGCCAGCGGCACGCUGCUGCACCUGCUGCUGCACCCGCGCCCCGUGGCCAGUGUGCCAAAAGAGAAGAUCUGCGACGAGUCGCCCAUCGAGGUGACGGUGGAGCCGGUGUCGCAGUGGGCGCUGCAGCGGCCGCCUGCUGCUCCUGAUCUUUUAGCGCCGCUGCCACCUGCCAAUCCUUUGUUGAGGCACCUCCACCUGGCUGCCACGAAAUGCGGCGACGUAUGCAUGAGCGAGGAAGAGCGCUGGCUCUCGCAAGUGGAAAUCGUGACGCACGCCGGUCCGCACCGCCGGCUGUGGAUGGGCCCGCAGUUCGUCUUCAAGACCUACAACUGCACCGGGUCCAACUCGUCUCUCUCUGAAGCGGAGACGGUGGAGGUGGAGACGACGGCGCCGCGCGGCGUGGCGCGCUCCAACCCCGUCAAUAUGCCGGGAGUGCGACCCAUCGUGCCGGUGCUCAUCGACUCCGGCUCUGCUAGUUCAGUAGAACACUCCCCAUCCGACGGGUUCCGUCGCAAGUCGCUGCUGGCGGACGCGGGCCGAGCACCCUCCCUAUGCGACGUACAACUUAAGGAGGACCUCGCUGAAGCCAUGAAGGAGGAUCACGGCUGGCUGACCGCCCGGCCGGAGGAGGCGCGGGGCGGGACGGGCGGGGGAGGCGGCGUGGCGCGCGCCGUGGACCCGCUCGGGACCGUGGUGCGCGCGCCCGAUCCGCCCGCCGUCCGCGCGCCGUCCGAUCCCGAUGCGCACACGCGGGCCAACCGCGACGAGGCCACGUUCCGGCCGGUGGUGCGCGCGCCCGCCGCGCUGCCGCCGCCCGCGCUGCUGCUGCGCCCGCUGCCGCUGCCGGUCACCACCACCAUACCGGUGGAGCCGCUAGAGCAGCCGCCCGAGCCGCGCCCGCAGCCCGCUCAAGACCUGCUCGCGCGCGUCGUCAUCCCCGCCGCCCUCAGCGGCCGUCUGCCGCCCAGCCCGCCGCCCCCCGAAGGGGACGACCUCAGUUUUAAGCUCAGCGAUCUCAGCUCGGACGACCGCCCGCCGCUCGACGACUGUCCCCCGCCUCUGAGACGAGAGAUCGCCCCGGAACCUCUUCAGGUUCAGCACGCACGCAGCGCCACCCCCUCGAAAGUCGUCGCGGAACCGCCGCCGGUCCAGACCGCUCGACGGAGUCUGACCCCUUCGAGAGUCGUCUCGGAACAGCCCCCGAUCCAGGCCGACGCUCGACGCAGCCCCACUCCCUUGAAGGUAGUCCAGGAACCCCCGUCGGUCCAAACGGAACAACAGAGCAGCCCUCCUCCUCCGGAAGUCAUCCUGAAACCCCCCUCGGUCCAGGCCGAUCGUCGACGUAGCCCGCCCUCCGCGGAGGUCGUCCCGGAAAUUCCCCCGGUCCAGACAAAUCGACGACGCCGAGAACCUAGAAUCGCCCCGAUCUGGCGCGACGAGGAGAUCAAGACCGAGGACCAGGCUUGGGACAUGCUCCUGACGGAACCCGAGAAACCGCCCCCUCCCCCCGUCGUUGAAUCCUUGCCGGUGGAAAAGAUUCCCGAAGACCCGAAGCCGAAGUCGAAAAGAAACCGUAAAGGUAAAAAAGCACAGGAUGAGGUCCAGACGAAGGCUGAGGAGGACAGUUUUGUGGAAAUACACGCGAUCGAGGAGAAACCUCAGCCCUCCAGCGGAGACUUGGUGUCCAUUUCGUCUCCGUUUGAGGACGUGGAGCCGUGUGGUUCCUACGUUGCCAAAAGUAAGAAAACAUGCGCCUCCAAAAGUUUGACGCCCGAUAAAACUGCGGUCGAGCCCCAAAAAAAUGUAGCCGAAGCAAAAAUUCAGGACGAGUUCGAUCAGGACUUCGGUGUGUCUAAAAGCUUCAGUAAAAUUGAGAGUAACCUGUGCGAGAUGGAGUCGUGGGCCCAGUUGACGAUGAAGCAGAAACCGUUGGAUGUCAUUAAAGAAAAAUCUAAAUCCAACACUAUUGUCGUCACGCGUCCCGAGGAGGCGGAAGAUGAAUGUUUUAGUAAGUGUAAGGAAUCACCCAAAUCGAGGAAAAGCAAAUCCUUGUCGCCUUAUCUAGAGUGCCGUAAGUCGAACGAAAAGGUUCCGGAGACGGAUGUGAAAGACGUAUACGUUAUCGACUCCACUAAAGAAGAGUUCCCCGAUAUUCAGAUAACCAGAGGUACAAAGUCGCGUAAGAAGUCUCCCCAACCUAUUGAAACGAAGACCGAGGAAAAACCUGUCUUCGUGGAAAAACCCGCUGCAGUCGUCGAGAAACCUAUUAAAUCGUGGAGCUCCAUAGCCGCUUCCAAAAGUACUAAGAAGUCUGACGACUUCGAAUUGACAGCUGAACUUGUGGAUGCGAAAAUUGAAAAGACUAAUGUAGAUGAUAAAAAAUUAGAGAGAGAUAAGUUGAGCGAAUUUAGUGAUAUUGUGUGUAUGAGAGGUGACAAAGAGUCUUCCAAAGAGGUGUCAUUGCACGAGAAGUUGUACGAGUUGUGUAAGAGGACGGACAUCGUGGUGGCUGAGUGCGACACUCCGGCCGAGCUGCACUUCGUGGAGGAGCACCACGCCGUGCUUCACGACCUGCCUCCGCUGGAGCCCUUGGACUUCGCCCUCGACGACUUCAAACUAGAAGUCAUGCGCGACAGCCUGCUAGAAGUCAACGAAGCCAAGCUCACCAGCCCGAUCUGCAAAAUCAACAUCGAUGACAUACUUUCGUCGAUCAAAGAGACCACCAGCAAGGUGAUCGAAUCCAGCACCUUCAACCUGAUAGACCUAGAAAAGGUUCCAGCGAGGAAGGAGAAAGGGUUCAGUGUGAUCGAGGGCCAUAAAAUAACGAGCCAAGAGAUCAAGAUCGACGAUGAGCUCAAAGCGGAUGACAGGGAGGCAGAGAUUAUGGAGAAGUCCUCGGACGAUGACAACACGUCCCCCGUGGUGUCCACUGACAGCGACAAGGAAGACAAGAAGAUGAGUGCGUCUAAUAAAACUACACUGCCAUCGACUAAGAAAGUAGCUAAAGCUAAGAAUUCGCGCCGAAAGAAGAAGUAAUUAAUAUCGGAAAAAUGUGUUCAAAAAUAAUUUUACUUAUUAAAUGUUUCAUAUGUUGCUAUGUUAUUCGAAACGAUCGUGAUUAGCUAUAAAAUAUUUGCUGCUAUUAUUAUUAUUAUUUAGUUAGUACUGCAAUUAUAAAUUGAAAUGCACAUGUAAAAGACAAAAAAAAAUUAAAUAAGUUGGAUUGUGAAAGAUUUGUUGCUUUGAGCCUAAAUUCGUGAGGUGAAAUAUUAACAAGUCUUUUUAAUACUUCAAAUUUUGACAAGUUAGUGGUAUUAAUUCUGUCUUAGAGAAAAAAAAACAUAAAAAUAUAAAAACUUAGUAAAAUAACAAAAAUAAUUUCGGUUUACAUAUUUUGUGAUGAUAUUGAAUAAAAGGUACAAAAAUAUUCGUACAUAUUGUAAAAAAAAGAAAAAGUCGAAGUACCAUCACAAAAUAUGUGAGGCUUUCGUUCAUCAGUGCUCUAUAGUACUUAUCUUUAUUUAGUUACAAUUCGUAUUUAGUUUAGUAGUAACACUACGGCCAACCAUACGCACUUUAGUUUUGCGACGCAGCUUCCUGGCCAGUAAUAUUAUAAUCUAUCAAUACCUCAAGCGUUAUGUAAGCUAAGUUGUAGACAAUAUUACUGUGGCAAUAGAAUCUCCUAAUAUAUUAUAAUUUAAUUAAUAAUUAAAAUCAUAGCUUCAAUUUCUAAUUUAAUUUCUAAUGAAACAUCAUUUGACUAGAUGUUUUCUCUCUUUCAUAGUUUCUUAAUUAAUUAAUUAGCAAUAAAAUUAAAAAACUAACCACUGACUUUGAAAAUAGCUUUGAAGUCUCAUACAAAUGAGAAAUAACUUUGUAUUCGGUGAGCAAUGAUGAGCAUUUUAUCAGAAACUGAAUUUGAUGUAACUACAAUGUUACAAAAAAAAAAUCAUUCAAGGGAAUUCUUUCGCGUAUCCAUUAGUGCUGUUUUAAAAUGCUCGUCAAAGCAAGGGAAAGUUGCAACAUUAAAAAAAACAUUGACGUAGGAAACAAUUUGGUUUACAAUUAAUUUGGCAAAUAUUUUACUAUAAGUUAAAAUAUAUUUUAUCACCGGUUAAUGUAUUAUAUGUACAAUACUCACAUUGACAGCGAUUUAAUUUAUUAAGCUUAUAUCGCAACGCAUUGGCUUGGCGUUGCAUUUGCCUUCACGUGACCCUGCAAUCACUCCAUAAAUAUGAUUGAAAAUUUCCAAUAACAUCUUAUUUCUAUUGACCUUAAAAGAAAGAAAAUGAUAACACACUGGUAGUUUGUACAUUACGUUGCAUUCGAAAUAUUUCUCGGCAAUUUUUCCGAUAUUACUUAAAAUCUUAACGAAUUCCACAAAAACCGUUAUGAGGUUAAAGAUGACUCCCUAAAAUGCUGUUCAUAACUUCAGUAUUAUGUUAUUUUAAUAGUUAAAUAUUGGUGAAUGCUGAAUUCGACAUAGUCGCCGGUAUGUAAUACCUUCUUUGAUCCUCGGCUGUCGUAUGUACAAAUAACAACUAUGUAAUGUUAUUAACAAGUAUUAUUUUAAGUGGUAUGAAUUAUAAUAAUUAUUUUAGUUGUAAUUGUGUUGAAUCAUGACAAAUCUUUAUUUUUUCUAUGUAAUUUACAAUAUGUACUUCAAGUUUAUUCACAAUAAACUGUGUAGGAAAAUGGUUACGUUGGUGCAUAAUAUUUAUUAACUUUUUAUUUUGGUGAUAAUUAGGUAGUUUAUUUAUUGACUAUAAAACAUACAUUGUAUGUAAGUACAUACAUUUUAUACUAAGACAAAUAAUAAUUUAUUAUUAUAUUCGAAGAAGUUGUUAACCUCGAACCAGAUUCGGCUUUAUUAUUAUUAUUUUUGGGACUAUAAUUGUUUGGGCUUAAUUUUUUAAUUGUUAUAUGUAUUUCCACUAUACAAAGCUACUGAAGUCGCUGAAGUAUUUUAAAAAGCAAUAUGAAUUUAAUGAGGUUUUCGUAUAAUUUUUGCAAAUGUAUUGAUAAUUUACUCGAAAAAACUGUACAGUAACCCUCCGGGUUUUGUUCGUCAACGGACAUUUUAAGUGAUUGUCUUAUUAACUUAAGUAUACACGAUCGACAAUGCCCCAUAACAUUUGUUUCAUGUUCAUAAAAUUGUUAAGUGCCUACUCAUAUCGAGAUCAAGUAAAAAGUAUAAGUGCAUUACAAAAAACACACUGUCAUUACAAUUAAUAAUCGUCAAAUAAUAAUAACUCAUAUCAUAAAUUAGAUUACAUUUGGUGUAUUAGAAGCGAUAAAAUUUAAGGAAGUUAACAAACACUUUGGACUCACUCGAAACCAAAAAGUAGAGUAUGUGAUUUUACAUAAUCUUUUGAUCUCCACAUUCGGGAAUGCAUGGGCUUUCUUCGCGUAGUUAUGAGGUUGUUCUUGCUUCGGCCGGCGCAUCGUUUCGGAGGCUUUCGGCGUCGAAUGACAAGAGUCCACAACGGUUUUUAGGAUAGAUCAAUUGACUGCACCAAACUAAAGCUAUAUUGAAAGGUUCUAUAGAUGUUUUAACGUAACAUUCUUUACAAUUAGAGUUAAAAUGGCGAAAUUGUAAUGUUCAAU